UCCCUUGAACAGAAAGUGAUGCUUCUAUCCCUUCAGCCAAUGACCAGAAAAAUUAACAGUGCCAUCUAUCUGGGUUGCCAGAGAGCAAAUGAAGAAAUCUUAAGCAAAGUAGAAUGAAAGACUGGUAUAGGUGAUUGGUCCAUUCCAAAUGGAUGCAGUUUAGUUUUCAUCUCUUUCCCACUUUCAAGUUCAACACUCACCGUCUUGUUUCCAGAAAACAAGUGGAGCAGGGACCAUUACUCAUUUGCUUAUCUGGAUCUGGAGACUCACCACUAGAAGACGAUGAAGUCGGGUAUUCACACACUAGAUAUAAAGACACUCCGUGGUGCUCACCCAUCAAGGUGAAGUAUGGGGAUGUGUACUGCAGGGCCCCUCAAGGAGGAUACUACAAAACAGCCCUGGGAACCCGUUGUGACAUUCGCUGCAGGAAGGGCUAUGAGCUGCAGGGCUCUUCCCAGCUGAUCUGCCAAUCAAACAAAAGGUGGUCGGACAAGGUCAUCUGCAAACAAAAGCGAUGUCCUACCCUUGCUAUGCCAAUGAAUGGGGGAUUUAAGUGUGUUGAUGGCGCCUACUUUAACUCCCGCUGUGAGUACUAUUGCUCACCAGGAUACACAUUGAAAGGGGAGAGGACAGUCACAUGCAUGGACAACAAGGCCUGGAGCGGCAGACCAGCCUCCUGUGUUGAUCUGGAACCUCCUAGAAUCAAAUGCCCAAGUGUGAAGGAACGCAUUGCUGAACCCAAUAAGCUGACGGUCCGUGUGUCCUGGGAGACCCCUGAGGGAAGAGACACAGCAGAUGGCAUUCUAACUGAUGUUAUUCUAAAAGGCCUUCCCCCAGGCUCAAAUUUUCCAGAAGGAGACCACCAGAUCCAGUACACAGUCUAUGACCGAGCUGAGAACAAGGGUGUUUGCAAAUUUCGAGUUAAAGUAAGAGUGAGACGCUGUGGCAAACUCAACGUCCCAGAGAAUGGCUACAUGAAGUGCUCCAGUGAUGGCGAUAACUAUGGAGCCACCUGUGAGUUCUCCUGCAUCGGUGGCUACGAGCUCCAGGGCAGUCCUGCCCGCGUGUGUCAGUCUAACUUGGCUUGGUCUGGCACGGAACCCACCUGCUCAGCCAUGAAUGUCAACGUGGGUGUCAGGACAGCAGCUGCGCUUCUGGACCAGUUUUAUGAAAAAAGGAGACUUCUCAUUGUGUCCACGCCUACUGCCCGAAAUCUCCUCUACCGGCUGCAGCUGGGAAUGUUGCAGCAAGCACAGUGUGGCCUGGAUCUUCGACAUAUCACUGUGGUGGAACUGGUGGGUGUGUUCCCGACCCUCAUUGGCAGGAUUAGAACAAAGAUAAUGCCUCCAGCCCUAGCUAUGCAGCUCAGGUUGCUGCUGCGAAUCCCACUCUAUUCCUUCAGCAUGGUGCUAGUGGAUAAGCAUGGCAUGGACAAAGAACGCUACGUCUCCCUGGUGACACCUGUAGCCCUCUUCAACUUGAUUGACACAUUCUCCCUGAGAAAAGAAGAGAUGCUGCUGCAAGCUGAAAUGGGUCAGACCUGUAAUGCUUGAGGGGAUAAUUUUUCAGUAGUUCCUCUUAUUUCCUACAUGGUGCUAUGCCCAAGGAAAGGCCUUAAAGAAGAACUCUUGAUGUACAGAUUUUUAUUUGUAAUUUUAAAAGUCUAUUUUAUUAUGAGCUUUCUCUGCACAUAAAAUUUGGCACAAUACUUCUCAUACUUUGAAGUGCUCUAAAAGUGAUACAAUUGGCUCAUUUUUUUACAUGGCUGGUUAAUUUUGUAGUUUAUUAGACACUACAACUAUAUUCAUCCUGGCAAUGUGUUACUCAUUGUGACACCUAACUUGUUUUAUAUGUAAAGCUUUUAUAAAUAAAUUUUUUGAGCAAAUAUGGUUCUGAUACUUGA